CCCAAGCUCAAUGUGGCUCCGUCCCUGUGCGAGAGUAACAACUAUCUUUUCCGACGCCAAAAGGGAAAGAAAAAGAAAACACUCUGAUCUGAUCUCUGUCAUUCGCCAAGAAAACCAUCAGAUUAGUAAGUCGAGGAUCAACUUGGAGACUCUGAACAAGAAAACUCGCUCCUUCGUGAAGGUCGCCAGUAAUGGCGACGACAAAGCCAAAAUCAUACUCCGAUUCCAGUCGGGAAGUAAUUGUAAAUUCAUCAGUCUUGACAUGUGAGGUAGCCAAGGUUGUACGUGCCAUUAUUCUCAUGGCGAAAGAUGGUAGCUUAAAGAAACUGUCAAAGGAAUGGACUUUGAUGGGUUCACUGACUGCAUCAGGUCGUCCUGCAGCAAUUUAUGCACUUCGAAACAGCUUGUUGCAGAUAUCUUACAGGAAUCUCGAUUCACUUACUUUCUCAAUGCUGAACCAGAGAAAAAUAAUUUUUACUGCCUUAUUUACAUUUAUCAUACUGAGGCAGAGGCAGUCAAUUCACCAACUUGGGGCUCUGUUUUUAUUGAUCAUGGCUGCUUUACUUCUAAGCAUCGAUGAAGGUUCUAGCAAAGCUUCUAGCAGUGGUGAUCCCGAGCAAAUUCUAUUUUACGGAUUUGUCCCUGUUUUAGUUGGUUCUGUACUUUCCGGUUUGGCUUUCAUUAUGUCAAUGGGCUUCUCAGGUCAAGAAUCACUCAUCAUACUUGAUGACUAUAGAAAUGUCUAUUGUCGGAAGCUUGUGCUUAUAGGCUAGUAUCUCCAAGUCUCCAGAUGGAGAACCUAUUAGACGCCAUGGAUUCUUUUUUGGUUGGACUCCACAACUUUGAUUCCAGUUGUAGCCAAUGCUCUUGGCGGCAUUCUUGUUGGCCUUAUCACCAGUCUUGCAGGUGGUGUGACGAAGGGGUUUGUCGUCGUUUCAGCAAUGUUGCAGUUCCUGUUAGAAGGAAAACCACCAUCGAUGUAUAGUCUCGUGGCUCUUCCGCUUGUCAUCAUCAGCAUUUCAAUAUACCAGAAAUAUCCAUACGGAGUCAAAAAGAAGGAAGCCUAAUAACACCUGUAGGCAGGUAAGGGGAUUUCUCAGAGUGACCCCAAUUAUUAUAGUUUCCGUUUGUUUUUCCCAAGUUUUAAUGGGAGGGUUAACAUGAAUUCUAAGAUGCAUGCAAAUGAAGAAGGCAUAUCAUAUGUGGUUAAAAUUGUGAACACAAAGAAGCAAGGCAUCGAUGCAAGUCUCUGA